UUCAGACCUUGUUAUAUCUAUGGCUUCUGACUUAAUCAUUGUUCUUCCUUGUACGUGUGAAAGAAAGCUCAUUGAAAAGAUUGUUGAAUGGGUAUGGAGGAAAGUGCAUCGCACAUUCAAAUUGUUAGAUUCCACAGAGUUAGUGGGAAUUAAGUUUACACGUGAGCAAAUGGAUUUGCUUUUAGAUCCUACAGAUGAUGUUCGCUUUGUAGGGAUAUGGGGGAUGGGAGGCAUUGGCAAGACAACCAUUGCUAGGCUUGUUUAUGAAAGCAUAUAUAUUCAUUUUGAAGUUAGCUGCUUUCUUGCUAAUGUUAGAGAGGCUUCUGAAGGUAACUGUCUUGUUGAUCUACAAACACAGCUUCUUUUCCCUGUCUUGAAGAAACAAAUUACUCAAGUUUUGAAUGAAGACUGGGGGACCUAUUUCAUUAAGAAUUGCUUAUGUAAUAAAAAGGUUCUUCUCAUUCUUGAUGAUGUGAAUGCAUCAAGCCAACUAGAGAAAUUUGCUAAGGAAAAGGAUUGGUUUGGCAAGGGGAGUAUAAUCAUCAUUACAACUAGAGAUAAACGGUUGGUUAAAAAGCAUGAUAUGGAGAUAUCAUAUAAGGUUGAGGGAUUUGGCGAUGACGAGGCUCUUGAGCUCUUUGGUCUGAACGCCUUUAAAAAAUUUGAGCCUGAGGAAGGUUUUUUGGAAUUGUCCAAGUGCUUUGUAAAUUAUGUGGGAGGCCUUCCAUUAGCUCUUAAAAUUUUGGGAUGCUCUUUUUGA